CAACGCGUGCGACAUCAGUUUUGGGGAUGUCAAUUGCGAUUGGUUAUGGAUUUCACUAAGAUCCCAUACUUCGCGAUGUUUAGACGGUCCGGUACUGUGAUAGUUAGAGUCAAAAUGGACGGGCCGGAAUCUUUCUGCAAGCCCGAAGCUUGUCCCAGAUCAGACUAUCCUCAACCAGUGCACAGACCAUCAGGCUGUGAAGAAUGUUCUAGGACUAGAUCAAAUAGCCGAAAUAGUGACUGUGAUAGUGAUUUAGUGGAAAGAUGUGGACCUUACAGAGCGAGUUCAGCAAGAAGCAGAUACGUCAACGUCUGCGCAGCGGUGUGCUUGGUCCUACUUGUGGGCGGUCUCGCGCCUCAGUCAACAGCAGCACCGUACAAACGAACUAUGGAUAGACAGCGCCGCUCUGCGCAGGAGAACAGCCUUUGGGGAAACCCAUGUGACUAUGACUCUAAUUCUAAAUCAGCAAAAUAUACCGCAAAACUUGCAAAAGAUGUCGCAUCACAAGCAAAAAACGCUUACGAGUCAACGGCAAAGUACAAAGAUAAAUUCGCAUUAAAGCUUCACAGUUACCCAAGUUUCGACGAGCUAUUAACAGUUUGGAGCAGUGAUGACUGGCUUCGGAAUUUCACCUGGUUCCCUGAAGAAGGUCUACCCAAAGAGAAAGUGCUUUAUCAAGCUAUGCCUGCCGAAUAUAUGGAUAAACUGAUAAAAAAAAUAGACAAAAUUUUACCGUCGAUGUUCAAAGGAUUGAAAAUGGUGGUUGCAGGAUUGUACUCUAUAACCAAGGAAGGUCUUAAUGAUGAUAUCUUCUCAGAUGCGAGCAUGAAACAUAACAUAACGGAGAGCAUGCACAACGUGCGAGCUGUUCUUUGUUUGUUCGAUGAAAUAAUGAGAUCGCGCAACUUAGAGAUUAUGCCCUUGCCGGAUUCUGAAAUCCCGGACAUGAAGAAUGUGGACAAACUCUCAUACGCUUUACUGGUUUAUCGAGACACUCUUAACUAUUUGGAAUACCUCGCCCAAGUGUUCCAGACGAUGUACGAUAUGGACCCUGAUAAAGCUGAUUGAGGCCAGAUACAUCGGUUUUGUUAACUAAACUUGACUUCGCUGUAACUAGCGAGAAACUGCCCUAUUUUAACCGAAUUUUUGGGAUAUCUUUUUUUUGGGAUUUAAUUAUUGAUACUUUUAUUUAUGACUUAUACGUAAUGUAUUUUACGUAUAUAACGAUAUUUGUUUGUCAGUAGGUACUUAACUAUUUGGAGUACCUCACCCAAGUGUUCCAGACGAUGUACGAUAUGGACCAUGAUAAAGCUGAUUGAGGCCAGAUACAUCGGUUUUGUUAACUAAAAUUGACUUCGCUGUUACUAGCGAGAAACUGCCCUAUUUUAACCGAAUUUUUGGGAUAUCUUUUUUUUGGGAUUUAAUUAUUGGUACUUUUUUUAAGACCGUCUAGAAACAUAUGUAUGUGGCUUUCUGACGAUUUGUAUUGUGAUGAUUUAUGUGCUAAAUCAGUAUUUAAUGUUGUGAGUAAAAUAUAUUGAUUAAUGUGUUUUCGUGUAAGUUAUUUUUGUCUCGAGACGGUCUUGUCUUACGCGUGUACUCGCCCUUAUUCGUUGAUCCAGUACAAUGAAUCUCGUAGUUCAAUUGUUUGCACUUUUGGCUGUUGAUAGUAGAAAAUGUCUUUGCCAUUACAUUGCCAUUUCGGUCUAGAGUGAAUUAGUUCCUUUAUAUGUAUAUUUUGUAAAUAGUGACGAUUUUAAUUAUUUUUUUUAUCACCAGCUUAACAUUCGAAAUUUUCCGAUAUCCUAGUCAAGAUAUUAACUUAUUUAUUUCUCGAUUGUUCUUCUUAAUUACUAACAAUUUUCUACGGUAUUAUGAGACGAUUAGUAUUAAACCAUUCCAUCAAACUCUGUUGAUGUUGAUGUAUUAGCAAAUUAUUUAGUUAAUGUGUCAAUGGCUUGUUCAUAAUUGACAAUAUCUCUUUGACUUGUGACUGCGGUCGUGGCUGCGAUAAUUAAUUGUAAUUAUUACAUUUUAUGAUCUAGUUUCAUUACUUUAAUUCGAUACUUUGUUAACUAUUUAUAUUCCUGUUACAGAGAUACAAUGAUAAAUGACUAGCUUUAAUAGAGCAGUUAAUUAUAUUACUGUAAAGUAUCCACUGUAUUUAUGACUUAAUCAUUAUUUGUAUGAUUCCAAUGUGUUUAUAUAUAUGCAAACAUUAUUGCUAUGU